AAUAGAAAUAGAACAGGGGCCGACGGGAAGAAGGGAAAGAGAAGGCUAGAAGGGUUUAGGAGGCGAGAGCGAGAAAUCUGAUACUUUUGCGAUGGACGUGAUAAAAUCUCAGCAAAUUUCAUCCAGGCCCAUAGAGAAGGUCAUUGUGCAUCCUCUGGUUCUUCUCAGCAUCGUCGAUAACUACAAUCGGGUCGCCAAGGACACGCGCAAACGUGUCGUCGGCGUCUUGCUUGGUAGUUCAUUUAAGGGCACCGUCGAUGUUAGCAACAGCUAUGCAGUGCCAUUUGAGGAAGAUGACAAGGACCCAAGCAUCUGGUUCCUUGACCACAAUUACCAUGAAUCCAUGUUUUCUAUGUUCAAGAGAAUAAAUGCCAAGGAGCAUGUUGUGGGAUGGUAUAGUACGGGCCCAAAGCUACGGGAGAAUGAUCUUGACAUUCACAGAUUAUUCCACAACUAUGUCCCAAAUCCUGUGCUGGUCAUCAUUGAUGUCCAGCCUAAGGAGCUAGGGAUACCUACCAAGGCUUAUUAUGACGUUGAAGAAGUAAAGGAGAAUGCUACGCAAAAGAGCCAGAAGGUUUUUGUUCACGUGCCUUCAGAAAUUGCUGCUCAUGAGGUUGAGGAAAUUGGAGUUGAACACUUGUUGAGGGAUGUUAAAGAUACGACCAUCAGUACGCUUGCAACUGAGGUUUCUGGUAAACUUACUGCGCUAAAAGGAUUAGAUGCUAGAUUAAAAGAGAUACGGGGUUACCUUGAUCUGGUUAUUGAUGGGAAGCUUCCGUUGAACCAUGAGAUACUUUACCAUCUGCAGGAUGUGUUCAACCUCCUUCCUAAUCUCAACGUUUCAGAGUUAAUCAAGGCCUUUGCAGUGAAAACAAACGACAUGAUGCUGGUUAUUUAUCUUUCUUCUCUGAUCCGGAGCGUCAUUGCACUUCACAAUUUGAUUAAUAAUAAGAUGCUGAACAAGGAACAUGAGAAAGCUGAAGAUGCAAAGCCAGUUACAAUCCCUGCUGUCAGUGGAAGCUGAUUUUGGGGUUUCUUUCAAGGCGUUCCAAACCUGCUAUCUACAUUUGAGGCUUUCCAUUCUUAAUAUUUUUGUAUUAUAUUUAUGCGAUUAGAUAUUAGAUUUGAAUUGGACCUUAUCUGAUGAAAUUUGUCAAAUGUAAUAUUUUAACUUAACUUUUUUUUUUUCCCAGCUCUAUCUAUUUCUGAUAUUGUUACUCUGCUAUUCGUUGUCAAAUCUAUUCAUAUCCCUCUCGACUCUACUUGUUUAAGCUUA